CCUCCAAAUGCGGAAGUCGCUCUAAACUGCUUCCACCCGGUCGGAGUGAGAGAGUCAGCCUCCACGCCAAACAACACAGCAACACGCUACAAAUAAUCCUCUUACCGCAGUUUAUCAGCCGGAGAUUCAACCAAUCGACAUGCACAUUAAAACAGGUACCUGGGAAUCAAAUAAUGCUGUGUGCGAAUCAGAUACGCUGUGCGACCCUGCUGUGCUCGUCUCUCCUCCCCAAGCUGAGCCGCACAUCCGGAACCGGCGGCUCUCUCCUGGCUCUGGCAGUUGUGGUGGAGGCGGGGGUGGUUGCGCCGCCAGAAUGGACACACUUCCUCCCCGUCAGACAUCAAACAGCCCUAAUCAUCAUCAUGAAGGACCUUCAAAUGGACCUGCUCACACACAAUCCCUGAACAGGGAGCACAGAGCGCAGAACAGAGGCAGAGGCCCUCGGCGUGAAGGAGCUGGUCAAAAACUCCAGAAAUCCUCUCAGGCACAGAAGGAGCGGUGGAUGGGUGAGACGCUGUCGUCGCUCAGACCUCCUCCCGCUUUCCCGGUAAAGGACAGCCCUGCGAAGCUGCAGCCAGCAGUCAGUUAUGCUUCCAAGGUGAAGGCGGGUGGGUUCUCUGGUAGUGUGGUUGAAGAGCCACCUGGCAUCGGGGCGCUUCUGCAGAACCAGUGGGGACUCAGCUUCAUCACUGAUGGUCCGGCGAUGGAGAGCUCCGUUUCGGUUGCAGAAGAUGUUACAGAGCAGAGUUCACCCGAGAGCAUCGAUCACAUUAUUGGAGAAAUGGUUUUCGAAAACUCAGCUGCUUCACCAAUCCAGUGCUCGAAGGAGCCUGGGGAUUCUGCGCAGCUGCUGCUCACAUGUCGUCACCUAAUGGAAGCUGCACAGUAUCACACACAAGAAUGGCGUGCAAUUGUCAGGAAACAAAAAGAAGAUCCCGUGAAGGUCGUCUGGUACACGGACUCAUCAUAGCAGUUUGCACGACACAUGGCUACUUUUCCCUCAUACACUCUGUACUCCAUACAUGCACACACACACAACGUCAUACUCUUUCUAGCACACUUAACAGUUAAACUCACCCUCUAAUCCUCUUUGCACUCAUCUUUACCCCAAACUCCCCCUCCCCAUGUAACGCAAGAAAUGUCUCCGAUGCAUGGAUGCCUUAAAACUUGUCAUGUGGCGUGGAGACCUUUCCGCACAUCCUCUAUUUUAUCAUGGUGGAGAACACUGUUUACUUUUUUCCUUUUAUAGAAUAUCUUUCUAAAGAUCUGGCCAUUUUAUUCUGAGGGGCAAAACUUUACUUUGCCGUAGCGUUUUAGCCCCACUGUAUUUCUCUUUCUUCCCCCAUUCUAAAGUUCUCCUGUAAUCACACUGAAAAUCUCCAUCCCUCUGUAAUUUUAGUCCUUUCCCCUUUUUCUUUUUCGGUCACGUCCCAUUUUCUUAUUGUGUGUGUACCUUACAUGGGUGCAGCUGGCACGCUUCGUCGGUGCACAAAUUUCCGUUCUUAGUGCUGUUUUUAAAAUAUUUCCUCCCUUGAAUGUAAAAUGUACAAUAGAAAUCUUUUUAAAGGCGCACUGGAAGAGAAUUAAGUGAAGUGUUGCAGAAUAAAAGCAAAGUAUAAAACUAUUGUCUAUUUUUAUUAUUACUACAUACAGAGAAAUGUAUUUACUGGAAAAAAUGGGGGGGAACUCAGGUUGGUUUCGAACAUUGUUUACUAAAACUUUAAGAUUGUUUACAGUUAAUUCAAUUUUAGAAUUUACAUUUUGUUUCCCCUCCGUUGUGUUAAUGUGAGUAAUCACAGCAAAAACAAUUAUUUAAAACUUCUAUUAAAAUGUAUAAGUAAUGUGUUCUGUACAUGGCUCUGUAAUCUCUAACGUGUUACAGCUACUGGAUGUAAUCAGCAUUUCUAGAAAGAGCUAGAACCUGGUCCUUGGGCUUGUCUUGGCUUUUUCUCUUUUCUUUUUUUUUUCCCCCAGCUUAGCUUCUCCAGUGCGGCUUGACAUUUUUUAACAUGCUUUCAUUAAAUCACAGGUUCCAGCCUGUCGUGUUAUGUUAAAGUAUGAUGCCAGACAGAAGACUGUUUGCUUUGUUUUAUGUAGAUCUGCAAGAUGUUCUCAAAUGUAUCUGUGUUUAGGUACUAAAUACAAAUAUUGUUUAUUAACAAUCUUCAAAGCAAAAAGGUUCAGUAAGGUCUAAAGUUGAAUACGGUAUACGAACCACAGCUCUAAAGUGUUUUGAUUUGCUUAUUUGUUGACAUUAGAGGGAAGAAAAUAAACUCAGGAACUACA